CUGCACUGGUAUGUGAAACCAAAUCACUGGCAAGUUAUAGAUAGACGCAGAAUAUUCAGCAUCCCCAGCCAAAACCCAAGUCCAAAUCCAAUGUUCGUCUGUCUCUGUCCCAGCGCUCUCUCGCUGCAGUCUAGUUUUUUGUUUUUACUUUUCUUUUGUGGAGACUUUUGAUCGAGCCGGCAUUUAUCCUUGUAGGAGUUGUGCAAACAGCUAAAAUAUAACGCAAGAGAUCUCCUCCAAGUCAUGGUACAAGCUAUAGGAAUGAUUGAAGACUGUGGGAAAAGGGGGAAUAACAUGGCAGACAGAAGGCAGCUGUUUGCAGAAAUGCGGGCUCAAGAUCUGGAUCGUAUUCGCUUAUCUACAUAUAGAACGGCUUGUAAAAUUCGAUUUGUACAGAAGAAAUGCAAUUUGCACCUGGUAGAUAUAUGGAAUAUUAUUGAGGUGCUUCGGGAAAAUUCACUAAACAACCUGGACCCUAAUGUAGAACUGAACAUGGCACGUCUGGAGGCUGUCCUAUCAACAAUAUUUUACCAGCUCAAUAAGCGUAUGCCAACAACCCACCAAAUCAAAGUAGAAGAGUCCAUCAGCUUGUUGUUAAACUUCUUGUUGGCAGCCUAUGACCCGGAAGGACAUGGCAAGAUCACAGUGUUUUCUGUCAAAAUGGCACUGGCCACACUAUGUGGAGGAAAAAUCAUGGACAAAUUGAGGUAUAUUUUCUCACUGAUCUCUGAUUCUAGUGGUGUCAUGGUAUACCAGAAGUACGACCAGUUUCUGAAGGAGGUGCUGAAACUGCCAACUGCUGUGUUUGAAGGACCUUCAUUUGGUUACACAGAGCAAUCUGCAAGAUCUUGCUUCUCACAGCAGUAUGGAAUGGAACAUGGACCUCAGAUACAGAAAAAAGUUAGCUUAAAUUCAUUCUUGGACACACUUAUGUCUGAUCCACCACCUCAGUGUCUUGUCUGGUUACCUCUUCUGCAUCGACUGGCGAAUGUAGAAAAUGUCUUCCAUCCCGUCGAGUGUUCCUUUUGCCACAGUGAGAGUAUGAUGGGUUUCCGCUAUCGCUGCCAGCAAUGUCACAAUUACCAGCUCUGUCAGGACUGCUUCUGGAGGGGGCACGCCAGUGGUUCCCAUAGCAACCAACACCAAAUGAAAGAGUAUACGUCAUGGAAAUCCCCUGCAAAGAAGCUCACUAAUGCACUAAGCAAGUCUUUAAGCUGUGCUUCCAGCCGUGAGCCUCUGCAUCCUAUGUUUCCCGAUCAGCCUGAAAAGCCUUUAAACCUGGCUCAUAUUGUGCCUCCAAGACCAGUUACCAGCAUGAAUGACACUAUAUUUUCUCACUCCGUUCCCUCAGGAAGCCCUUUCACUAACAAAAUGUUACAGUACAGCCUGGAUGUGGCAGACAGGCUGGCUGAUGAACAUGUUCUCAUCGGGGUAUAUACCAAUAUGCUGCAGAACAACCUUUCACGAAUGCUUGACAGUCCCAGCCGCCUAGAUGAAGAACAUAGAUUGAUCGCCAGAUAUGCAGCGAGGCUGGCAGCCGAGACCACUUCAUCACAGAGUCAGCAGAGAGGCCCAGACAUCUCCUUUACGAUCGAUGCCAAUAAGCAGCAGCGACAGCUUAUUGCAGAGCUGGAAAAUAAGAACAGAGAAAUAUUGCAGGAAAUACAGAGGCUGAGAAUUGAACAUGAACAGGCCUCUCAGCCCACACCAGAAAAAGCACAACAGAACCCCACUUUACUGGCAGAACUCCGACUGCUCAGACAGCGAAAAGAUGAACUUGAGCAGAGGAUGUCCGCCUUACAAGAAAGCAGGAGGGAGCUGAUGGUACAGCUCGAAGGGCUCAUGAAACUUUUAAAGGAACAAGAGCUGAGACAUGCAUCUCAGGGGGCAGGCUCUCCUCGCUCUUCUCCCAGUCAUACCAUCAGCAGACCUAUCCCAAUGCCUAUAAGAUCUGCAUCAGCUUGCUCAACCCCAACACACACUCCUCAGGACUCUCUUACAGGGGUUGGUGGAGAUGUGCAAGAAGCAUUUGCUCAGAGUGCAAGAAGAAAUCUGCGGAACGAUUUGUUGGUGGCGGCUGAUUCCAUAACCAACACUAUGUCUUCUCUAGUGAAGGAGCUCAAGUCAGAUGCGGGAAAUGAAGCAGAAGGCAGUGUGAAUGCCGAGUACGGGAGAGUUCACUUUGAGGACCUGGUCCCAUCUCCAACCUCAGAGAAAGCUUUCCUUGCUCAGAUUCAUGCCAGAAAACCAACAUACAACCAUAAUUCUUCAGCGGCUGGAAAUAUUCGUGCAGAUAUGGUCCCAGAAGAUCAAUAUAACAGACAUGAAGAUGAAACCUAUGAGAACGACUCUGUGCGCCAACUUGAAAAUGAACUGAAGAUGGAAGAGUAUCUCAAACAAAAGCUGCAGGAUGAAGCCUACCAGGUCAGUUUGCAGGGCUGAAUGCACUUUUCUCUUUCCUUCCCCUCUGAAAAAAGCUGUAGUGUGGAGAAGAUGCACAAAGCAUGAGAAGUCUUGGUUGUCACCCAUCAAUCCGGCAGGAAAACGCAGGUUGACCUCACCGGCUGCAUCUUCUAGUACAAAGACCCCCAUCAGAGUCCACCGGAAUGUAGCACAGCACAUUUGUUCUGAACCGUGUAGUUUGUAGGUGUGUGUUUUAACUAUUACAUUACAAACAAAAAAAUAUUUCAACUUAAAUCAUAAUUAGCAUUUUUUUAAAUAUAGCCAUUUGUACACGCUGUCAUACGUUCGUCGUCAUAGAUCGGAUACACAUACGAGCUGCUGGUGCAGUCUCGUCUUUGAAAACUGAAGUCUCCCUAACUUCCAAGGGGAAGGGGAAAAAGUAUUCAGACAAGUUCAGACAGACCUGCCAAUGCACUAUCGAGACAACACUGAAUAUAUCAACCAGGUGUAUGCAAACGUCUUCUCUGUCACUGGCCAAACUACCAGAGGAGACCCUCUCUAUCACCACGUCGUGGUGGACCAUAGAAGCCAAUGAUUUGUAUAAUAUCAGCUGUUACUACUAUUUGUCUGAGUGCCUUAGUUCCAUUUGAACCUACUCAGCCACUUAUCUAGUAGCAGUAUCUAGGCAAGCCGCGCCGCUGCGUUGUGAACCAUUGUGCAGUGCAUCGUUUUGCUGCAAAAUACCGGUAGCCCCUUUUUUUGGUUAAGCCGGGCUUCCUUCAGUGUACUCUGAGCGCUAGACAACCUGAGAACACUAGGGUACUGCCUCCAGCACCCUGCCAUGCACAUGGAUGGUAAUCACUCACAAGAACAGCACUUUUUAUUUCAUUCUCCUGCAGCAGGAUUCAUUUUGGCGUCGCCCGUAACGGCAGUAGUAAAGCAGCAGUUCCCUACAGUACGUUACGUCUAUUUCAGUCACUGGAUAGAAUUGGAUUCCUUGAUUUUAACUAUUAUUUUUUAAUAGUUUUAAAAAAACUACAGAGAUUUAUGUGUUCAAAGCCCGUUGACAAUAAAUAACGACGUUAGGGCUAAUUGUAUAAUUUUGUAUUUCUUUCAUUCUCUCAAGAACUCACAGAUCAGCCAUACGAGUUUUUAGUGUAUAUAUCUAUAUAUAUAUAUAAAAAUAUAUUUUUCAUUUUCAAUAUAGACGCUAUCAUAUACAAGAAAAAGAGACAAAUUAUACAAUGUUCAGACUAUUUAGAAUCUAGUUUUUGCAAUCCACACAGAUGCUAUUAAAACUGUGAACUAUAUGUUUUGAGCUACUCAUUAUUAACCCUUUCACUGCUGCGGGGUUCUGCUGGGCACUGCAUGCCCAUCUUCGGCAGCUGAAAGGAUAAAGCUGUUUAUAAACCACAGGUGCCAUAAAAACCCCGAACUAGCAGAGACUCAUUAUCUUCCACAUUGCUGUCGCAUCACAAUCAUCUGUUCUUAUUUUGCAGUUUGUUGCACAUCCUAAGCCUGUGUUCUUUGACAUUUUGCUAUUUUAUUUGCUGUAUUGUGGUCUAUGUAUUCACUGUUAUUGCAUGCCUGCAAAAAUAAAAAUGCAUCUGUCACAUAGACAUAGUGAAGGCAGCCAUUUUGCCUCAGCGAUAUUACGAGGUCCUACUGACUUAAUAAGAUACACACACUAAUAUGCAGCAAAAUGUCCCCCUGCAUAUUAGCGGUGAAUAUAUACUAAGAAUUGUUUUCUGAAUGCCUUAUGGCCGCUAGACAUUUUGCAUGCGAACGAGUAGGGGGAGCAGUGAAAAGCACAAGGGCUUGCGUGUACGUGAAAGAGAAUAUGAGGAAGCACGCAACUCUAAUGGUGGGAUGCACUGGAUUAUGGUUAAGAAUGGCAGGAACACUCUUUCAUGUAGAUCAUUUGCUAGUAAAAGUCUGUUUACACAGUGAAACUUAUUUGUAAUUUUCUGUGUUAAUUGUUGUAUCUAAUGCCUGUAAGUAGGAAAGUCACUACACCUAAAGUCUAUGGCCACCUUUGCAAUUUUUUAUUUUAUUUGCUUCCAAAAUGUAAAAUGAAGCAAUUUUCUAAAUAUUCGUCAUAACAAAUUUUCUACCAUGUAGAGUCUGUGUAACGCCUUCACAUAGCUAGUUAUCCUGUUGCUUCUGACACAGAGGAGACAGCACUCUGCUCCUGGCUUUGUCAGCUUUUUUUACUCGCCCCAUCCCUUUUCCCACUGUUGUAAAUACCAGCCGGGAGAGGGAGGACGAUGUACACCGAAGAUCAGUGUGCGAGAAGGGGAGCAUCUAUGUCAUCAGGGAAGGCAGGUCACAUAGUCUGUAAAAAAAAUAAAAAAUUCCCCAUGCCAAGGUUGUCCAUGGCCUUUGAAGGGCAUCUGUCAGCAGAUUUGUACCUAUGUAACUGGCUGACCUGUUACAUCUGCACUUGGCAGCUGAAGGCUGUGUUGGGCCCAUGUUCAUAUGUGCCCACAUUGGUGAGUUUUAAUAUAUGCAAAUGAGGGUGUUGCCGUUACACCUAGAGUCUCUGCUCUCUGCAAUUGCCACAGCCUCUGCACUUUGACAGGACGAGGCAGGCAUGAUCACAUUUACACUGCUUGCCCCUGUCGAUUAAAGUGCAGAGGGCAAAGCAGUUGCAGAGAGAGCAGAGCCUCUCGGUGUAACGGCAA